AUUUUUGUUUUACAUAAUAAAAAGGUUACCUCUUUGAUAAAAAGGCGGGAUGGUAUCCGAUAUGGGACAUUUUCCGACUCAUUUUCCCGGAAAUUGUACAGACGAAAGGCCAGCAGAUGGGUAGCCACUGCCACACCAAGGAAAAAUUAUGUGAAAUAUGUGGUGGUAAUAAUCCUCGCUCUGAAUAUUUACUUCUAACUUGUUCUGAAUGCAACACAACUUGUGAACAUGUUUAUUGCAUGCAAAGAAAAGUAGAGCAUGAAGUCAAUGAAGAUUGGGUCUGUGAUUCAUGCCUAACUGGCAGUGACUCGAUGUUGACAGAAUCUGGGAAGAAAGAUGCUCCUGAUUCAUUCCAAGAAGAUGAAGUUGUCACAAGAGCAAUGAGUAAUGAGCAAUUCUCAGGGAUCAGAGGGACAAGAUUACCCGCCUUCAAAGAGCCGAAAGGUGGUAAAACUAAGGAUGUUUCUCUACAUGAUCAUUCAAAUGUUCAAGAAGGAGACCAUCCAAAUUUUCCACCAACUUGGAAGACCAUGGACCAACCUGAUGACCACCAUACUGAUGAUGAGAUCAUUGAGGAUGAGCAGGAUGAUGAUAUUCUUUCUGAUGACUCAAAUACACAGAAGAAGAAGAAGAAUAGGCCGAGUAGAGGGGUAGUUCGAUUGUCAAAAAUACUUGCUGAUAAGAUCAAAGGAAUUAAGAGACAUUUGAAGUUCAACGAGAAAGGAAAAUCUAUUGGAACUCCAAAUAGGGAGCUGCAAUGUUAUUUAGGAAUGCAGGCGAAAACAAUGGUGCCAAUCACAAUUGACCAUUGGCGUCAUGUUCCUGCUGUUACACUAGACGACUUAUGGAAAGAUGUAAAUCAAGCUUUCUACUUGAACGAGGGAAUGAGGAAAGAAGUUUUGAGUUCGGUAAGCAUUAAAUGGAGACAACUCAAAGCAAACUUGAACAGAAAGUUCAUAGCUCCAUACAUGGAGAAGCCAGAAUUAUUGGAAGCGAACCCCAAUGCUCUCGAAAAACCUCCAUCCAGAUAUUCGGGGAUUACAGAGAAGGAUUGGAAACAAUUUGUUUCCAACAGAACAACUAAAGAAUUCCAAGAGUAUAGGAAAAAACAACAAGCAAGGCGUGCUGGAGUAAAGUAUCCCCAUAGAUCGUCACGUCACAGUUACAAUGAGAUAGAAGUUGAUCUUCAAAGUAAAUUGGGCACAAAUGAGUCAAUAGAUCGUUCUAUUCUUUGGAAGGAGGCAAGGAAAGAUUCUACGGGAAAUUAUCGAACUGAACAUGACAAGAUAACAGGAGAUGCCAUUGAUAAUCUGCUCGAAAAAAGAAAAGCUGGUACACUUGUGGAGAAUGGGACAAACGAUAUAUUGACCCAAGUGUUGGGGUCUCCUGAGCACCCAGGUCGAGUCCGAGGUCAAAGUCAAGGGGUGAGACAAAGAGACUAUUUCUUGAAGCCAACUGGGGGUUUGAGAGAAGUUCAACAACAACAAUUUAAGUUUGAACAACAUCAUCAAAUGUUCCUGCAAAAUAUUGAUAAGUUGCACGAGUCUUUCAAUGAAAAACUCAAGAGUCAUAAAGUAGAACGACAGAAAGAAAGAGAUGUGUUUUUGGCUAAGUUUGCUGAACUUUCAAGCCAAAUUGCAUCAUUGAAAGAAAAUUCAUCAAGCCAGUCUCCAACGAGUAUGCCCACUACUUCGCCAAUAUACGAGACACCUCCACCUAUGGAGCGAGUAAAGGAGUUUUGCGUUCCUACUAUGAAUAUUGAAACAACUAAGCCGUGUAAUAGAGCAAAGAUGAAUAAAAUGAAUAUUUCUUCACCUAUUGCUCCAAUGACACAAGAGAAAACUCAUCCUUCCAAACAACUUCCUAGUCAAGUUGAAGGAGUCUCAAGUAAGUGCAGUGCCCCAAUGAUCUUCAAAAUUCCUAAUGAGCUUCCAAAGUACUUGAGGAUUCUCUUGAGAAGUGUAAAGUAUAUGGACCCAGGUCUCAUAUUCCAAAUCCUGAUGGAUGCUGACAUAUUUGGUCAUCCACACAUUUUAUGCAUCUCACAAGAAGAUGUAGUCCACUUUGGCUUAAUGGAGAAGAUUGGAGUAACAUGUAUUUCGUUUUAUAUUAGAGUUCUAUAUUUGGAAUUAGUGAACAAGGAGAAAAAUCACUUAUUCGGAUUCAUUCAGCCAAGUUUUUCGUCAAAUGUUGGCGCCAUUGAAGUGGAGCAAGGUCGUCUGAUAUCGACUCGCAUGGCUAAUUCGACACCUGGUCAAGUUUGGUUACUACCUUACCAUUUGGUUUAUCAUUGGACGUUAAUAAUAAUUGAUAAAGAUCACCAAACUUGUUACUUCCUUAAUACUCUUGGAAAUCCUCCACCAGAUAAUCUCAAGUUACUUAUGUCCAUUGUUUUUGACAAAAAUGGUGGUGCUAAGUGGAGAACAAUCAAGUGCCCUCAUCAAUCAUCAAUGGUGGAAUGUGGCUUCUAUGUUCUAAGGUUGAUGAAAGACUUUGUUACAAAUGGAGCACCAUUUAGAUGGCUAAAUUCUCAUUGUGGUGAGAAUAAGUCGUACACUUUAGAAGAGAUCAAUGAAGUCCGUGAAGAUUGGGCACAAAAUCUAAUCGAAUGGAUGCCUUAGUGUAGUUUAUGUUUAAUAUGAAAUGGGAUUAUGAAUAUUUUGUACUUUAUUACAUUCUAGUAUAGUUUAUGUUUAAUACUACUAUGAAAUAGGAAUGUAAAUAGAAUUUUUGUGAAUCUCCUCUGUAUAUCUGUCUGAAUUAGUAUAACUAGAAAAUUUUGGAAAACACGCUUUUAACGAGGAAAAUGAGGAAAAAGACCACUCGUGGGAUAUUUGUUUCCGAGCAAUGCUGACCUAUGCAUGUCAAAAUAGCCAUAUUUUGAGGAAGGAGGGUGGCUCGGUUGUGGUAGAGUAUUGUGUUGGCGACUUUUUGGGCAAUUUGGUUGGAGAAGAAUAGUAGGAUUUUCGAAGACGGUUCUUGUACAAUGGAUAGUCUUUGGGAUAAAUUAAGUUCUGGGUUGCACUUGGGUGUAUAGAACGAGAGGUUUUGAGAGUGUUUCUUUCUUAGAUCUUUGUAGGGAGUGGAGUAGUUUGUGGUUGUAAUGAUUUUUUGAAGAGUGAGUUGAGGGUUGUUUUUUUGAGCUUGAUUGGUUUUUGUUUUUGUUACCACGGUAUUCCUCCGCCAUUAGUGAGGGUUCUCAAUGUUAUUGAGAGGAGGUCAAUUUU